AUGCUAGCUCUAACAGAAGCGCAAUCCAUCCAAGGCGUCGCCGCCGUAGACCCUGUUUGCGACUGGCCUGGCUUAGAUGAGUACUGCACGCGCGAGAGCACUGUCACACCAACUCACCAAAAAGGAGCAGGUGAUGAUAGCAGCAUGACUCCAUGUUCAACAAUACCAUCUAAACACAAACGCCAACCACGAAAAAAGUCUCCAGCACCGCCAGACCUAAUCCCCCUCCUCCAAGCGCGCUCAAAGUUCUUCCCAACCCCAGAGCGCUGCUUCGACUCCUUCGCCUCGCCAAUCCUCUUCCUCCGCUCCGCAGGCCGGGACGUGCCGCGCACGUUCCCACAGUAUCUCACGGGACCGGAGUAUCCCGUCCCCGUGCUGAAAGAGAAGGCGCGGAGCAUGACAACCGGGGAACAACACGCAGCGGCAGACGGGUCGAUUUGGGAUCAUGAUUUGCAUCCCGAUAUGGAUGGCGAUGACGUCGAUGAUAGAAGUGCCACUGUUACCCGGCGCCGGAAGGCGCUUUCGCGCUGGCCCCCGUAUGGUCUGGAUUACGGGCUUUGUGGGAAAACGUGGUCUGGGCCUGGAGAUGGGAUUGGGCGGUUGGAGAUGGCUUUGCCUUGGGUCCGGGUGUUCUUAACAGAGGAUAACGUUGGAUUGGGCUCUGAUUCUCUCUCUUCGUCAAUAGAGCUGAAGAGGAAGACUAGAGAGUUGGGUCAUGGGUCUACGGUGCUUGCUAGACAGGCUGAUGAGAUGGUCUCUGCUAUGCGGAGGGCUUGCUUUUGGGGACGGGAGAAGGGGUUUGGGGAGCGGAGGGUUACUCUGUAUCAGGUUCAGAGAACUGAUGUCAAUGCGGGAGAGGAAGUGGGUGACUGGUUCAAGGACGUUUUCGAAGGAACGAUGGUGGAUGUAGACUAA